AACCUCGGCAGAAACCAGGCUCAGCCGGGAGGGCCAGAUCUCCUCUGACGUGUCAUAGCUGCACUCAGUGACCCCGACCAAAGCCACCGAGCAACGUCCACGAAGAACAGGGAGAGCCCACGAGCCGUGACCCAGGAAGCCCCACCCGCCGAAACUGUGCAGGACCAACCCGGUCCCAUUCCGCGAUCAACAACAGACAACAGAGGAACAACCAGGGAAAAGUAGUAAUGGCAUAAUUAACUUUAUUCUUCUGUUGUCCGACAUCGACCACAAAACAAGACCAACCAAACCAGACCCACACAGUCCCAACAAAUGAAACGCCCCGAACCACAACCAACAAGCCCCCCCACUCCCUACAACACCCACCCAGCAUUUCCUCUUUGGACGGGUCUUGACUCUGGACUGCAGCCUCUCCUAACACAACCAAUCAAAUCUCAGGGUAUUGCCAGGAAUUCGCUUAGCAUCGUGCCUAACAAUGACCCUUAGCUGUUAUAAAAGGGAGGGGGAGUGGGAGGAUGAGGGGGAGAGAGAGCUUAUAGGCCUAAAGCUCAAGUUAUACUCGUGCGUAGGACCGCGUAGCCUACGUAUGUAGAUGACGCCGUUGUGAACAUUUAUGGUUCUGCGUUGAGAGUAUGCGUCGUACUGCAAUUACACCGCUGAAACGCUAGUUGGCUCUUUGUGUUUUCACGGGUUUGCUCAUCUUCUCCGAUGUUUUGUGUGUAUGCUAGUGUAUGCAAACGACAAUGGAAGCUGAUCGCAUCUUUAUGGAGUUGGAGCUGAUGAAGUAGAAAAACAGUUACUUUUAAUUAAAUUACUUAAACAAAAAGCUAGAAACCAGAGAAGGCAUCGAAGGAGAUGGUAUGUACGACCUGUGAACCGGACGAGACGGAUGGACGGCGAAUUUUCUGUGCUUGUCCGGCCCCUGAGAGACAUCGACGAAGAAAUGCAUUUCAGAUAUUUUCGCAUGUCUGCAGGUAGAUUUGACGAUUUGGUUCGUCGUGUAAAGCCAUUUAUUACACACCAGUGUACGCACAGUAUGCCUAUAGAUAUUACGCAGAGACUGGCAAUCACCCUUCGAGUUUUAGCUUCAGGUAGAAGCCAACAGGCUGUAGAGGCUAGCUAAAAACUGGCCUCUAGCACAGUUUCUGCCAUAGUGUCUGAGAUCUGUAAAGCUUUGUGGAAAGCACUGCAGCAAGAGUUUCUUGUAUGCCCUUCAGUCGCUCAAUGGGAAAAUAUUGCUGCUGAUUUUUGGCGACUGUGGAACUUUCCAAACUGUGUUGGCAGCGUAGACGGAAAGUAUGUCAACAUAAAAGCGCCACCACACGCCGGGAGCGACUUUUUUUAACUACAAAGGCGCACACUCCAUUGUUCUGAUGGCCACAUGCGAUGCCAGAUAACCAUGGUGGAUGUAGGGGGAUACGGGCGAGAAAGUGAUGGUGGGAUCUUCAAGGAGAGUCAAUUUGGUUCUAUGCUGCUGGAACACGAACUGGACCUGCCCCCACCAUUCAAUCUUCCUGGGACAGGUGUAAUAAUUCCACACGUGAUAGUUGGUGAUGCUGCAUUCCCCCUACACAACAACCUAAUGCGUCCCUUUCCAGGGACAAACUUGCCCAGGGAAAAGCAGAUCUACAAUUACCGUCACUCCAGAGCCAGACGGGUGAUUGAGAAUGCUUUUGGCAUUUUGGUGGCAAGGUGGCGGAUCCUAGCAAGACCCCUAGAGUGUCGGCCAGACAAAGCUGUCAACAUCGUCAAAGCAUGUUGUGUUUUACACAACUUUCUGGCAUACACUGAUGAGGUCAACACAGCAGUGAAUAGAUACAUCCCUGCAAAUUUCACAGACUCGGACACUACAGGGUCACCUCAGCUAGGAGAGUGGCGCAGGGUGGUGGCAGGGGACACUAAUGUAUUUGAACCUCUAGAUCCACGCAACCUUUCAAGGGCACGCUCCAGUAGAGCUGCAAUUGGUGUGCGCAAUGAUCUAAUGGCCUUCUUUCAAUCACCCAAUGGAAUUGUGUCAUGGCAGAACCAGAUUGUGUGCCGUGGUCAACUUGGUCAAUAAUUUGUGUUGAUGUAAAUGUAAAGAAGCUGUAAUUGACAUGUAAACAUAUUAAUAAAUACCUGUUAUGAAGUCAUGCUAUUGUUCUUUAUUUCCAUCAACUACACAAUAUAACAAGUGCAAACUACAGUGCUCAGCGUAAAUGAGUACACCCCCUUUGAAAAGUAACAUUUUAAACAAUAUCUCAAUGAACACAUCCAGCAUCCAGUCUCUAAAAGAGGUCAUUCUUGAAGAAUGGAAAAAGAUAGAUGUUGCAAAAAGUCGCCAUCUUGUUCAUUCCAUGCCUAGAAGACUUGGUGCUGUCAUUAAAAAACAUGGAGGCCAUACAAAGUACUAGAUGUAGUAGUUUUUGUUGUGGGGCUUAAGUUUUGCAUCACCCUAAUUUGAGUAAAACAGAAAAAUGUGUAAUCCGUUAUAUUAUUAACCUUACUUUCAUGUUAGAAGUUAAACAGAUGUUAUAUUAAACUUAGUCUUGUCCACAUUUUGGAUUUUUA